GAAUUAUUAUUUGAUUUUGCAAGACGAAAAUAUAUUGACUCUAUAAGGUACCAUUCUAUUUUAAAUAGAAUUUUAAUUAAAACCCUGAUGAUUCGAGAAGAUGAUCCUCGCUUCCACAUUACGCCAUUUCAACAAAUGGCAUCAGCAUGUUCCGGUGCUCUUAUAACCUCUUUAUUUAUGACGCCUUUGGAUGUGGUUAAAAUAAGGUUGCAAGCACAACAGAAGGCACUACUUUCAAAUAAAUGCUACUUGUAUUGCAAUGGACUUAUGGAACACCUUUGUCCUUGUGGUGAGACUGCAUGGAUACCACGAAGAGUACAUUUUCAUGGAACCAUGGAUGCUUUUUACAAAAUAGCCAAACUUGAAGGUGUACCAGCUCUAUGGUCAGGACUAAGUCCUACAUUAGUUUUAGCUCUUCCAUGUACAGUCAUUUAUUUUGUAUCAUAUGAACAACUCAGAUUUAAGAUGAAAAAUUUUUAUAAUCAAAUAUCUGGGAAUAUGAGCCAGCCAAUGUGGAUACCAUUAAUAGCAGGAGCUACUGCUAGGAUGACAGCAGUGACUAUAGUCAGUCCAUUAGAAUUAAUAAGAACUAAGAUGCAGUCUAAACAUUUGACAUAUGGAGAAAUUUCCACAGCAUUACGACAUGUAAUAAGAUAUGAAGGUUACAGAGGACUCUUUCGUGGGUUAGGUUCUACACUUUUGAGAGAUGUUCCAUUCUCAGGUAUAUACUGGACGACAUUUGAAUCCACAAAAAGAUUGUUUAACAGGCCUGACUCUGAAAAGAACACAUUUUUAUUUAAUUUCUUUUGUGGAUCUGUAGCUGGCAGUAUUGCUGCUUUUCUUACACUUCCUUUUGAUGUCAUAAAAACACAUCAGCAAAUUGAAUUAGGUGAAAAAGAAAUAUACACAGAUGGAAAAACACAGCAAAGAGCAUCAAACAUGCAAGAUAUUGCAAGAAAUAUUUACAGAAAUCAUGGAUUCAAAGGGCUGUUUACGGGACUAUUACCUCGAAUAUUUAAAGUAGCACCAGCAUGCGCCAUCAUGAUUGCCACAUUUGAAUAUGGAAAACAAUUCUUCCGACAGUACAAUAUUCAAAAAUACAAGGAGAAAAUGCAAAGGCAUCAGGAGUUUGUAGUGAUUGGGAAAUCAAAAAGUAAUGACUUUUCCUGAUCUGGUUCUCCAAAUCUGUAAUGGAAUCAAGAGAAGCCAGUUUUGAAAAAUAAUUCAUUCCUAUUUUAUUGUUAUUUAUAUAAAUUAUAUGACUGAAAUGUAAAGUCAGCUGAAUAGCAAUAAUUACAUAGUAAAAUUUUAGAAAUAAUCAAGUCGUGUUGUAAUGCUAUAAGUAUUCUAUUAAAUUCUUAAACAAGUUUCAUAUGAAAUAUC